AAACUGGGCAAACUCAGAUGAAAAGACAGCUGAGGAAUUCAUAGAGUUUCUAAUGACACUUGUAUCAGCACAGACAUUCUAUUUAAGGUCUUGYCUUAGAAUGCUGACAAAACUCUUUCUUCCAAAAGUUCCUUCAGGAGUUGAACCAAAGGAUUUCAAUAUCAAAGAACAAGAGCAUGUCUUCAACAAUGCCCAUGGGGGMUUGCAAGCAAUACUAGAGUUAGUCCCAACGACUCCAAAGUUUCUACUGCCAGUUCUGUCAGACCAUUUCCCCUACAUCAAGAAGCACAAGAUCUUCCAGACAAGCUAUAUUAAAAAUCUGCUUCACAUAACACAUUAUCUACCUUCACUGAGAAAAGAAAUACUAGAAUGUGUUGUCAAUCACGUCACUAAGAUAGAUGUAAGUACUGACAUCAUACAACAUAUAAGACUCUUUGACUUAGACAGCAAAGUGUCUGGUUAACUGUUUGACUUAGACAGCAAAGUGUCUGGUUAACUGUUUGACUUAGACAGCAAAGUGUCUGGUUAACUGUUUGACUUAGACAGCAAAGUGUCUGGUUAACUGUUUGACUUAGACAGCAAAGUGUCUGGUUAACUGUUUGACUUAGACAGCAAAGUGUCUGGUUAACUGUUUGACUUAGACAGCAAAGUGUCUGGUUAACUGUUUGACUUAGACAGCAAAGUGUCUGGUUAACUGUUUGACUUAGACAGCAAAGUGUCUGGUUAACUGUUUGACUUAGACAGCAAAGUGUCUGGUUAACUGUUUGACUUAGACAGCAAAGUGUCUGGUUAACUGUUUGACUUAGACAGCAAAGUGUCUGGUUAACUGUUUGACUUAGACAGCAAAGUGUCUGGUUAACUGUUUGACUUAGACAGCAAAGUGUCUGGUUAACUGUUUGACUUAGACAGCAAAGUGUCUGGUUAACUGUUUGACUUAGACAGCAAAGUGUCUGGUUAACUGUUUGACUUAGACAGCAAAGUGUCUGGUUAACUGUUUGACUUAGACAGCAAAGUGUCUGGUUAACUGUUUGACUUAGACAGCAAAGUGUCUGGUUAACUGUUUGACUUAGACAGCAAAGUGUCUGGUUAACUGUUUGACUUAGACAGCAAAGUGUCUGGUUAACUGUUUGACUUAGACAGCAAAGUGUCUGGUUAACUGUUUGACU